AAAUUAAUAAAUUCAUUAGUAAUGACACUCAUCUAUUGAUCAUUCUACAAUUAACCUAAAUUAAUUUAAAAACCCCACCCAUUCCCAAAUCAAAUCGACCCGCCCAAAUCAAAUAGAGCUAAAGGUAAUUUUCGCCCGGGCGCAUCAUUGUCCAGCCCAGCGGAUAAUGAAUCGACGGCCAACGGUGAACCAGGUCUUGGUGACAUACCGGAAAAUUUUGUAGCCUGCGUGUUUAUGUACCUUGACCCACCGGAAAUCUGUAAUCUUCUUAGGCUUAACCACGCCUUUUGUGCAGCUGCAUCUUCUGACGCCGUUUUGGGAUUCUAAGUUUCCGUCCAAUUACCACCACCUGCUCGACGUUUUACCUCAGAGGAUAUACGACGUAUUUACAAAAAAAGGCAACAAGUACCGGAAAAUGGAAGAAUAAUCGAAUCGGUUUUGGAAGAAGGUGAAUGGAUUCGUUGUCUUUACAAACUCAUCUCAGUUUGAGGAGCUUAACCAGUACAUACCCAGCUAGAAAACCAGGAAUUGCAGUUCCUGAAUUUGUAAAAUUGCAUGCGGGUCCUUCAAAAUCGAGAUAUUUACCACAAAGGUAUCGUAUGGCCACUUCAAAUAGGGAGGGGUUGAAUGGGAUAGAAGAAGGCGAUGGAGUGAUAAUUGUGGACCAUGGGUCCCGUAGAAAUGAGUCCAAUCUUAUGCUAAAUGAAUUUGUAGCAAUGUUUAGAGAGAGAACCAAAUAUCCCAUUGUGGAGCCUGCACACAUGGAGCUAGCAGAACCAUCUAUCAGAGAUGCAUUUAGUUUAUGCGUUCAACGAGGAGCACGUCGAGUUAUUGUGAGCCCCUUUUUCCUUUCUCCUGGACGACAUUGGAACCAGGAUAUUCCUUCUUUAACAGCUGAAGCUGCAAAGGAGCAUCCAGGAGUAUCAUAUGUCAUUACAGCACCUCUUGGCCUUCAUGAAUUACUUGUUGAUGUGGUGAAUGAUAGGAUCAAUCAUUGCCUAAGUCAUAUCGCCGGGAAAGCAGAUGAGUGUUCAGUUUGUGCUGGAACUGGAAAAUGUCGCCUCCGUCAGUAACAUACUUAUGAAGCUUAGCAAGACUUUGUUAUGUAGAGAGGAGUUGUUACCGAUGCAAGUUGACUUAUUCGGGUCUGGAUGCUGAGUUACUGCUGCUUGACAGUAUGUUCAAUUAUCUCCCAAAACUCAAGCAUCCAAGUUACCAUGAGGACUUCGAUAUUUGGGAGUUAGUAAUAGCAUUUCAAAUACAAAUAUCGACUAGAGGAUGCUUAGUUACUCCCCACAGCUGAUGGAGAGUUGCAAGUGCUGGACUGCAAUUCUGAUUAUCCUGUCUGUUGUAAAUUAUCAUUUGUGUCUUACUAAACUCAUGGCUGCCCAUCAGGUGCCGGUGGGUUGCUAUUUAUUCCUCAACAUAUUUGGAUUGAGAGUGUUGCAGUCUAAUAGUUUGUGCUGUAGUGUCUUCCUUUACUCAUUACCAUAAAUAAACAAGGAUUUAUUCA